CUCCUGUCCCCGCCGCAGGUACACGACCUGUGCGACAACUUCUGCCAUCGGUACAUCACCUGCCUCAAGGGGAAGAUGCCCAUCGACCUGGUCAUUGAGGACCGAGACCGAGACGGUGACGACUCCAUCAUCCCCUGCAAGGCUGACCUGGAUGACUUCCCAGCCCCUGGCCCCGGCCUCCCCCACCAGAACAAUUCCUGGGUUCGGGACCACAGCGACAGCGGGUCUGUGCACCUGGGGACGCCGGGGCCGUCCAGCGGCGGCAUGGCGUCCCAGAGCGGGGACACCUCCAGCGAGCAGGGAGAUGGGCUGGAGACCAGGGCGGCCUCCCCCAGCUCUGGGCCCGAAGACGACGAGCCUGACCACGACCAGAGGCAGAGCAAGAAGCGCGGCAUCUUCCCCAAAGUGGCCACCAACAUCAUGCGGGCCUGGCUCUUCCAGCACCUGGCGCACCCGUACCCCUCCGAGGAGCAGAAGAAGCAGCUGGCCCAGGACACGGGUCUCACCAUCCUACAGGUCAACAACUGGUUCAUUAAUGCCAGGAGGCGGAUCGUCCAGCCCAUGAUUGACCAGUCCAACAGGGCAGGCCCCGGCACAGCCUACAGCCCCGAGCACGGGCCGGCCCUGGCAGCCUUCGGCCCAGACCAGAGCCCGGGCCCUGGGCCCCCCAUGAGGACAGCAG